AGAAGAGACUACUUUGCACCUAUCUUACGAACCCUUACUGAAACCCUAAAACUCGGAUCUACUCUGCGAUGGGGGACGAAGAGGUUAUGGGCUCAGCAAGCCCUGCUCCGUCUGAUCACAAGCGGAAACUCGAUGAAUUAGAUAGCGAACCGUUCGAGCUACCACCGGCUUCCGCCGAGUCCAAUGGCAAUUCACAGUCGCUGGCCGACGGUCAUGGUGAUGCUGAUGGUGACGGCGACGCCGACGGAGACGCUGAUGCUGCUUCUACCGAAGAUCCAGACGCGAAACGACCUCGUCUCGAGGACAAUUCAGACGGUUCUGAAACUACCGAGAAUGGACACCAGGAGGAAAUGGUAGAUGAAGAAAAGGAAGACAUCGCUGAACCAUCAGAUUCUGUGAAGAAUACCGAGUUGGAGGAGAAUCAAGAAAAGUCCAAUGAACCCUUGGAUGAUGUGAACAAAGAAUCUGUAACUGACGAACCCCUGGCAAGUUCAUUGGAACUGCAAGCUGCUGAGAAUCCUGUAGAGUCACCCAAAGAGGAGCAACAGGAAUAUGGAGUAGAAUAUCAGGAUCCCACUACAGAUGUUGGUUUACAGGAAGAUGAGUCUGAUUUGAAGGAGCAAUCUGCUUCGGCUGACCAACUUACUUCACGUAGAAUGGAAGUCCCAAGUAAUAAGGUUGGUGUUUUAAUUGGCAAGGGUGGUGACACCAUCCGAACCUUGCAAUAUAGUUCGGGGGCAAGGAUUCAAAUCACACGGGACUCUGAUGUUGAUCCAGAUUCGGCUUUCAGGCCUGUGGAGUUAAUAGGUUCUUUAGAGAAUAUAAAUAAGGCUGAGCGGCUGAUAAAAGAUGUUAUAGCAGAGGCUGAUGCUGGUGGUUCCCCUUCUUUGGUUGCCAGAGGUUUUAGUGCCCAUUCUUCAGGGGGAUUUGGAGAACAAGUUCACAUACAAGUUCCAAAUGAAAAGGUUGGUGUAAUAAUUGGGAAAGGUGGGGAAACUAUUAAAAACCUGCAGACACGGUCUGGAGCACGCAUUCAGUUGAUUCCUCAACAUCUUCCUGAUGGGGACCAAUCUAGAGAAAGAACCGUGAGAGUCACCGGUGAUAGGAAACAGAUUGAGACAGCAAAAGAAUUGAUCAAGGAAGUGAUGGAACAGCCAACAAGGUCAUCAACACCAUCAGGUGGUUACAACCAGCGUCAACGUGGACCCGGGUCUAAUUGGGGAGGACCAAGAGGCGGUGGUCACCAUUCACAUUCACAUUCACAUGCAAGUGGGUAUAAUAACAACUAUUCAGCACCACCCUCAAGAGGUGGAGGUGGAUCCUAUCCAUCCCAAAACCCACCAUAUUCCUCCUCAGGUUAUGGAAAUUACCCACCACAACAACCUCUGCCACCAAAAAACAAUUAUGGCUGGGACCAAAGACCACCUCCAACAAAUAUGCCUGAACAGACUGGUUACGGUUACGACUACUACGGUGGUGCACCACCUCCCAAUCCCAUGCAGUCCCACCCUAACUCAAUGGGAAUGGGAAUGGGAAUGGGCCCACCUCCUCCUUCUCAAGUAAACUACAACUAUGGACCAGAUUACGGGCAGACUGCACCACAGGGGGGGUAUGGGGGGCAAGGACAAGGUUACGGUGAACCCAGGUAUGAUCACAACCAGGGGCCCAUGGGUCAACAUUCAUAUUCUUCAUAUGGAGGACAAGGCCAAGCUACCCAGCCUCCACCUUCAACUUACCCUCAAAAUCAAGGAUAUGGUCAGCAACAGCAGCAGGUUGAUCAGUAUGGUAAGCCCCUAGCCUACAACAUGCCACAACAACAACAACAGGGACCCUAUGGUCAACCGUACGGACCACCUCCACCUCGUCAACAGCAGCCAUACCCUAUGUCAACUGGGCCCACCCAACAACCUUACCCUCAGUAUGGUACUACUGCCCCUGCUCCUGUUAAUAAUGAUGGGUAUAGUCACCCUGGUGGUUACGCUCCUCCUCCGCCGGUUUCUGGGUAUGGACAACAGGCGGCACCUGGUUAUGCUCCUCCAACUGGUGGUUAUGGUCAGUACCCUUCGACACAACCUGGAUACGGUGAACAAGCUGCAGCAGCAGCUCCAAACACUGGAGGUUAUGGUUACCAAGGGCCAGCUGUGGAUCAGGGGUAUGGUGGUGGUGGUCCAGGGAUGGGAUAUGGGCCACCUGUUCAGCCUACUGCUUAUUCUCAACCAGCACCAGCUCUGGCUCCGGCUCCAGCUCCAGCUCAGCCUGGCUAUGAUCAGUCUGUUCCUCAAACUCAAACUGCUGGUGGAUAUGCAACUCCACAGCCACAGCCUCAGCCUCAGUCACAGCCACAAGCAGGUUAUGGUCAGUAUGAUAGUAGUCAGAUGUAUCGUUAGUUAGUUAGUUUGAGUGGUGACCUGACCUGUUAUGCUAUGUUAUCCAUCAUCCUUUAUUGGUGAGAGAAUAUUGUUGUUAGGAUUGGUGAAUCUGAGAUGAUGUCAUAAAGCUGUGCUUUUUUCAGAUAAGGAUUUUGGUCAUAUCAUUCUUUCUUUCUAC